AUGUCAAUGGAAAUAGAAGCACCAAAUGCAAACACUCAAAAAAUUCGUGAUUGUUUUAACUUUUAUGACAGAGACUAUGAUGGAAAGAUUGACGUUAAACAAUUAGGGACUUUAAUCAGAUCACUUGGUUGUGCCCCAACUGAAGAUGAAGUUAAUUCAUAUAUUAAGGAAUUUGCCAUUGAAGGAGAAACUUUCCAAAUUGAACAAUUUGAAUUAAUUAUGGAAAGAGAGCAAAGCAAACCAGAUACAAGAGAAAUAAAAUUAAGAAAAGCUUUUGAGGUGUUUGAUCAAGACAAAGAUGGUAAAAUUAAAGCUUCUGAUCUUGCACAUAACUUAACUACCGUUGGUGAUAAAAUGACAAAAGAAGAGGUUGAAAAGGUUUUCUCUAUUUUAGGAAUUACAAUGGAAUCUGACAUUGAUUUAGCAACAUUCCUUAAACUUGUUGCUCUUUAA